AGGCAGCCUCGGGAUUCAGAAACAGCGUUUUACAGUCUCCUGCAGGGAUGCAGCGACAGGAGUUCAGUUACUGAGCUGCAGCGGAUGAUCGUGGGGUUGACUUGUGCUUUCUUUUUGAAGCUUUGACUCUGGACACCGGUAACUGGGAGUACUACGGUGUGCCCAGACCACUGCACGGAGAGCUAGGGCUGGAUAUGCCACAGGUGGAGAGGUGAAGAGCGGCAGGCUGUGGCCCCGGUGCACGGAGCAGAGAUCCCCAGGUUGUGAAGAUGUGGAGCUGUUUUUUCACUGUGACUGUCCUUCUGUCCUUCAUGAAGCAGGCUGAAGCUCAGGGCAGGUGUAAUGUGCAAGCAGCAGAUAUUGUGUUCCUGGUUGAUGGGUCUUCAAGUAUUGGCCGAGCUAACUUCCUGCAGGUGAAGGGCUUCAUGGCUGGAAUCGUCAAGCCAUUCGCAAGCUCUGUCGGCGAGUCAGGGAUACGCUUUGGGGCCAUACAGUACAGUGACACCUCUAGACCUGAAUUUUCAUUUACUGACUACCUGGUUGGCACUGAGCUGGUCAAUGCUGUAGAGAACCUGAACUAUAAGGGUGGAAACACACGCACAGGUGCUGGUCUCAAGUUCGUCGCUGAUAACUUCUUCAACCCUGCGUCCAGUCGGGAUGUCCCUAAGAUCACUAUCCUGAUCACAGACGGGAAGUCCCAGGACAGCGUGCAGGAACCAGCACAGAAGCUGCGUAGUCAAGGAGUGCAUGUUUUUGCGGUCGGUAUAAAGAGUGCAGACAGGAAUGAAUUGGCUCAGAUCUCCUCCCAGCCCAGCAGUGAUUUCACCUCCUUUGUUGGGGACUUCAAACUGCUAAACACUCUUCUUCCACUUGUGAGCCCCCGAGUGUGCUCCAAAGCAGGAGGAGUCUAUGUUAGUGAUGAGGCAUUUUCUGGUCCGUCCAACAUUCAGUUCACAGGCCAGACGUCUGAUACUCUCAGGUUUCGCUGGAGUGCAGCAGGAGGGCCUGUGAGUGGCUAUGUGGUCCAGUAUGUGCCACUCUCUGGCCUGGGUCAGCCUAUCACGGCAGAACUGCGCCAGGAAACUGUCUCUGCCAGUCAGAGGACCUUUACUGCACGAGAGCUGAGGUCAGGAACCGACUACCUGGUGACUGUCAUUUCCCAAUACCCCAACAGUGUGGGGGAGUCUGUUUCUGCCAAGCAGCGAACCAGAUCUUUGCCAGGGGUCACCAGUCUACGGCUUGUCGAGGCAGGCUUCUUCUCUCUCUCUGUGGGCUGGGAUCAACCCUCAUCUCCUGUGCAAGGCUACAGACUUACAUAUGGACCACGAGGUCAGCCAGCAGCCCAGCUGUUGGAGCAGUCUCUGUCUGCAGACUCCACGUCUGUCACCUUGGAGUCACUUCAGCCGGACACAGAGUACGUUCUCAGCCUCUACCCCCUCUUCCCCAGAAACUCUGCAUCCCCGUCCAUCCUCAAUGCCCGCACAUUGCGCCUUGAAGCGGUGCAGCAGUUAUCAGUGGAGACAGAGUCAGAGGGCAGCGUUCGCGUGCGGUGGAGAGCCGUCAGUGGCGCACGAGCCUACCGUCUGGUCUGGGGACCAUUUACAGGUCGAAAUGUGGAGACGGUUGAGGUUCCGGGUGGCAGUGAGUUUUACACUUUGUCCAGACUGCAGCCUGACACCGAGUACAUCGUCACCAUCAUCCCACUGUAUGAGCGUAACACUGAGGGCCCUGUAGCAACAGCCAGAUUUAAGAUAGAGCGUCAGGAGCAGCAGGUCCUCAGAGCAGCUACCACUGGCCCUUCCUCUAUUCGCCUCACCUGGAGAAUCAUUCAGUCCUCUCGAGGGUACCGCCUGGAGUGGAGGGAAGGGGAAGGAGGCCGUGUCCAGAGCCUGACCUUUCCUAGAACCACCACCAGCCAUGAGCUAACAGGCCUUCAGCCCAAAACUGAAUACAUCAUCACCCUUUACACCCUGUUUGAAGGUCGUGAGGAGGCCACACCUGUCUCUACCACAUCUAGAGAGGAGCAGCCAGUGGGGAGGGUGUCCAACCUGAGACUUGUGGAGUCUCUGGGUAGCACUGUCAGACUCGGCUGGACGGGUGUAGCUGGGGCCACACAGUACCGUAUCAUUAUCCUGAACACAGAAGAAGGAUCAGAGGAAAUACGGGUUAUCCCUGGCAACCAGACGACCCUUGACCUCAGAGACUUGUCAGUGGGAGUGUCUUAUGGUAUCAGUGUUACAGCGCUGGUGGGAGAAAAUGAAGGAGACCCAGUUACUGUCUACAUCAAACCAGAGCAAGGUGCUGGCAGAGUGACGAACCUCAGAGUGACAAAUGCAAACAGUCGGAGAAUUCGAAUUGCCUGGACAGCUGCUACUGGAGCAACAGGUUACAGGGUUACUUGGAGACAAGGCAGCAGUGCAGAGCAGUCUCGUCUUCUGGGAGCAGAGGCCACAGCCUUCACCAUAGAUGGCCUGCAGCCAGAUGAGGCGCUGGUAAUUGGUGUUGCACCUGUGGUUGAUCAGCGCGUUGGAGAGGUGGUCACACUGUCUAGUCGAACCAAUCCCCACGGUGGAUCGGUGUCUGGCCUUCGCAUCAUUGACGUCACAUCCCAGAGGAUACGCAUUUCAUGGUCACUUUCCCCUAGGGCAACUGGCUACAAGGUCACUUGGCGCAGUGAUGAUGGAGUUGAAACAACUCGUAACCUGGCCGCUGAUGUCACAUCUUUCACCAUUGAUGGACUACAGCCUGAUAAACCCUACACUGUGUUAGUUUCUUCACUUACUGGCUCUCGAGAGGGUAGUCCUACCACCCUGAAUAUCAGAACAGAGUCAGAUCAGUCUGUGGUGGGCACUGUGACGUCACUACAAGUCCAGGAGGCCCGCGGAGAGGUUGUCCGAGUCACAUGGGUUGGUGUGCAGGGAGCAACAGCUUAUCGAGUGUCUUGGAGGAGAACGGACGGUGGUGAAGAGAGGAGUCAGCUGGUGGGCGGAGAUGUGACAGCAGUGGAUUUAGACCGGCUGGAUUCUGGAGCCCAGUAUGAGGUUCAGGUCAUGGCUUUAGUUCAAAACAGAGAGGGAAACCCAGUGUCUGUCAGAGUCACAACACCUGGUGCCUACACCCCCGCUCCUUCAGUAAUUACCACGACUUUACGAGUGGCGGAGAUUACCCGGGAUUCAGUGCGGCUUGGCUGGACUCCACUACCAGGUGCCACCGGAUAUAUUCUACGCUGGAGAGAUGAGACAGAUACUGGUCGAGGCUUGUCUGUUACACUCCCUGCUGCGUCCAGCUCUUACCAGGUAACUGGGCUGCGUUUGGGCCGUCGUUAUCGCUUCACAGUGCAGCCCACCUUUGAAACUGGAUUGGGAACAGAGAGCUCUGUAGAUGAGCGCACUGUGUGUGUGGGUGGCCGUCUAGAUGCAGUGUUUCUUGUGCCAGCAUCUACCGAUCGGGUUAGCCUAGCAAGGCCUCUGCGUGCACUCCUCACAAGUGCAGCAGGAUCACUGAACACUAUUGGACCCCGUGACUCACAGAUGGGUGUUGUAGUAUAUGGCUACAGACCCAAAAUAUGGUUCCUGCUUAAUCGCCAUAGCAGGUCGGACUCACUUCGUCAAGAAAUCCAGUCUACACCGUUUGAUGAAAGCCCUGGGAAUAACAUUGGUGACGCAGUGACAUUCACCAGGCAGUACCUUUUGGCCCCCUCAGCUGGACGGAGACCAAGGGUCCCUGGUGCUGUUGUCAUCAUCGCUGACAAAAAGUCAGCUGACAACCUGACUCGGGUAGCCAGCAGUCUCAGGGCUACAGGUGUGACAGUGUUAGCAAUUGGUAUAGGCCAGGCAAAUACAGAGGAGCUGCGGCAGGUGGUGACGGACGGCAGCACCCAGAACAUCCUGUAUGCCCGUGAUGCAGCCCAGUUGGACAGUGUACACACUGAACUGGCAGAUUUGCUCUGUGGCAUUGCCAGAAUACCAGACGUAGGUCCAGGUCCAAGCCACUGUACCGUUCAGUGCCCUCAGGGUGAGAGGGGAGAGCGUGGGGAGAAGGGUGAAAGAGGCAGAGAUGGUGUCGAUGGACGCAAGGGAGAUCCUGGACGUGAUGGUCUGCCUGGGAGGGAAGGCCCAAGGGGACCUGAAGGACGCCCAGGUCCACCAGGCCAAACUAUUCCUGUUGACCGCACAGGGGGGGUGAAAGGAGAAAAGGGGGAGAGAGGUUUUCCUGGAAUUGAUGGAAGUCCAGGGUUGCCAGGACGACCAGGUUCCCCUGGAAGUGCAGGGGUCCCGGGUUCGCAGGGCCUGCCUGGAAUCAGAGGAGAUCCAGGUGAACCAGGUGGGACAGGGCCACAAGGGCCAACGGGCAGUAAAGGUGAAAGGGGUGAACCUGGCUCUAUAUCAGGAGGGGGUCUACCAGGAAGGAAAGGAGAGCCAGGUAUCCCGGGAAUACCGGGUACUCCAGGUCGACCAGGCAGUGACGGGACCAAAGGUGCCUCUGGAGUGCCGGGUACACCUGGUCAGGAUGGUCGCCCAGGUAUACCAGGAACACCAGGACUCUCCAUCAAGGGAGACAGGGGCAGCCCAGGAGACAGGGGACCUCCAGGAGUAGGCAGCGGGGUGGCCGUGAAGGGCGACAAGGGCUCCCCAGGUGCUGCAGGACCUCCAGGGGCUCAGGGUCUUAGAGGGCCAGCAGGACCACAAGGCAGCAAAGGAGACAAGGGUGAUGGUGGUGAUGGGGCGGCUGGACCUCCAGGCAGGCAAGGAGAGCCUGGGGACAGGGGUCCCCGUGGGCCUCCAGGAGAAAUUGGUAGCAAGGGUGACCGAGGACAGCCAGGCGAGCCUGGAUCACAGGGAGACAGGGGGGAGAGAGGACCGGCUGGUGAAACUGGGGAGAGAGGGGACCCAGGGAAGCCGGGGCUCACAGGAACACCAGGGUUAAGAGGUUUAGCGGGGCCCGCUGGAGCGCCAGGAGAAAAGGGAAACGACGGUGCGCGCGGGGAGCCUGGCAGGAGUGCUCCUGGUUUUCCCGGCAAGAAAGGGGAACAGGGGGACCGAGGCCUGCCAGGUUCGGAGGGGCCGAGGGGAGAAAAAGGAGAGCCGGGACAGAGAGGAGAAAGAGGGCUUCCAGGGGUGGGAGGGUCCGCUGCAGGAUCUAAAGGAGAGCCGGGAGACAGAGGACUUCCUGGUAUCAGUGGAAGGCCAGGUGCCAAGGGAGAUCAAGGUGACACAGGAGAGAGGGGGGAGAAUGGGCGGCCAGGAAUCCCAGGAAAGCCUGGUCUUCCUGGGAAAGAGGGAGAGCGAGGAGAAAAGGGUGAUGAAGGCACACCUGGGGAGUCUGGGCUUCCAGGGAAGUCAGGAGAAAGAGGACUGAGGGGAUUGGCUGGUCAGCCAGGACGACCAGGAGAGAAAGGAGACAUAGGAGACCCAGGAGAGCACGGACGAAAUGGCAGCCCUGGACCCACAGGACCGAGAGGAGAGAAAGGAGAACUGGGACCUCAAGGGCCUCCAGGACCACCAGGAAAAGUGGCCGACAUCCAGGGCCAGCUGAGAGGAGAGAGAGGAGAGAAGGGCGACGCUGGUGACCCAGGAGAGCACGGCAGCAAAGGUCAGAAAGGCGAAGCAGGGACUCCCGGAGCUGCAGGCCUGCGAGGUCCUGAGGGACAACGGGGACCUGCAGGCACAAGAGGUGACACAGGGGAAAGAGGAGUGCCUGGAGACAAGGGAGAAAGGGGAGCAUCCGGUUUAGAUGGGCGUCCUGGUCUGGAUGGUAAACCAGGUGCUGCCGGACCACCUGGACAGAGGGGUGACCCUGGGAAGCAAGGGGAUCCUGGAAGAGACGGUUUACCGGGACUUAGGGGGGAACAGGGCCCACCGGGGCCAGUUGGACCUCCAGGCAUUGCAGGGACACCUGGUAAAGCAGGCGAAGAUGGAAAACCGGGAUCUCCCGGCAAAGUGGGGGAGGAUGGUGUGCCAGGUGAAGAUGGGAGAAAGGGCGACAAAGGAGAAUCAGGAGCAGCUGGAAGAGAUGGCCGAGAUGGGCUGAAAGGAGACCGGGGCCUUUCUGGGCCUGUAGGCCCCACUGGCCCUCCCGGGGCUCCUGGAGUGCCCGGCAGCAUUGGUCCUCCUGGACAGGUGGUGUAUGUUAAAGGAGUUGAAGCAGCACCAAUCCCAGGCCCCCAGGGGCCUCCAGGAACUCCUGGCGUACCUGGGAUUCAUGGAGCUGUGGGAGCCAGAGGGGAAAGAGGUCCACCUGGCCUCAAAGGUGAUGCUGGAGACCCAGGAGAGGACGGGAUGCCGGGCAAACCUGGGACAGCAGUGGAUGUACAGAAGGCUCUUGCCACUUUUGGCAUUCAGGUGUCUGAUCUGAAGGUGGUUGUGGACAGGAAGGACACACCACCAGUUUCUCCAGCAAAGGAGGCAGCAAAAGGUGACAAAGGAGACAGGGGUGAACCUGGACCAAGAGGACCAUCUGGUGCAGAUGGGUCCCGUGGUUUUCCAGGAGAGAGAGGAUCAAAAGGGGAUCAAGGGGAGCGAGGACUCUCGGGAGCACCUGGGCCUCCAGGUAGAGCCAUUGGAGAGCGAGGGCCAGCGGGACCCCCAGGGGCCACCGGCGAGUCAGGCAAACCAGGAAUACCGGGAGUUCCUGGAAGAGCUGGGGAAUUGGGGGAGGCUGGAAGACCUGGAGAUAGAGGGGAGAGAGGGGAGAAGGGUGACAAAGGAGAAGCUGGUAAAUCCGGGCUAACGGGACCAGCCGGCCCUCCAGGUCAAAAGGGAGCAUCUGCUGACUCAGUGCUGGUUGGUACACCGGGGGCCAGAGGCCCUCCGGGAGUUGUAGGACCGAAGGGAGAGCCUGGUGCUGCAGGACCAACAGGACCUCAAGGAGAACGGGGUAUUGUGGGACCUCGUGGUGAUAAAGGAGACAGAGGACAGUCUGGAGAAAAAGGACGUGAUGGCUCACAGGGAAUACCAGGAGAACCAGGAAAAUCUGGUCAGGAUGGUAAACCGGGCUUGCCUGGGUUCCCAGGAGUUCUAGGCAGACCGGGAAACCCAGGAGAGCCUGGCAUUAGGGGGCCAACUGGCCCCAUGGGUCCCAACGGGCUUCCAGGUCCAGCAGGUGUGAAGGGUAAUCAAGGAGAGCCAGGUGUUGGCAUCCAGGGUCCUCCUGGUGCCCAAGGGAGCACAGGUUUACCAGGACCACCGGGCCCCCCUGGAGCUGUAGGUCCACAGGGCCCUCCAGGACUGCCAGGGCAGGUGGGCGAAGCAGGUAAACCAGGAGUCCCUGGAAGAGAUGGGGUGCCAGGCAAAGAAGGAAUACCUGGAUUACCAGGAAAGCAGGGCAUUGCUGGACCUCCAGGCCAGAGCGGCUUAAAGGGGGAGCAGGGAGACAGCGGUCCUCCAGGAAAGGCUGUGGCUGGACUCCCUGGACCUAAAGGAGAGAGGGGUCCAAGUGGUAUAACACUGCCAGGCACAGCUGGAGAGAGAGGUCUACCUGGAGAAAAGGGUAACAGGGGAGACAAAGGUGUUGCUGGCAACAAAGGAGAGAGAGGAGUUGAUGGUGAGCCAGGAGAGCCUGGAGAAGAUGGUGCAAAGGGAUCUGCUGGACCAAAGGGGGAUAAGGGAGAGAAGGGCAUAGGACAGGCAGGUCCUCCUGGUCGGGAUGGACCUCUAGGUUUAAAGGGAGAUCCAGGUCUUCCUGGUCCCGCUGGUCCUCCGGGGCUACAAGGGAAGCCAGGUAACACCGGGCAGCCUGGCCUGAGAGGAGAAAUUGGACAACUGGGACCUCCUGGACCUCCAGGGGAGAGGGGUCUCCAAGGGUUUGUAGGACGUGCAGGAAAUCCCGGACCCCCUGGUCCCUCUGGACCUCCUGGAGAGGCAGGUUCUCCUGGUACUAACGGGGUCAAAGGAGAUAAGGGUGAAGUCGGUGUUGGAGUCCCUGGUCCCAGAGGAGAGAGAGGAGAACCAGGGCCAAGAGGAGAGGAGGGCCGUGCUGGUUUGGAUGGGGAAAGAGGCACAACGGGUCCACCAGGGAUCCGAGGUGCUCGUGGAGAGAAGGGAGACAUCGGGCCGCAAGGUGACAAAGGAGAGAAGGGGGACACUGUGCUGGUGGGAGGACCUGUUGGAGAAAAGGGCAACAAAGGAGAAACAGGUGACAGGGGACCCAAAGGUGUGCAGGGAGAAAAGGGAGUCAAGGGUCAAGAGGGCCCUCCAGGGGAGCAAGGUCUAAGAGGAGAGCCAGGAGAAAGAGGAUCCACUGGAUUUCCAGGUGCUCGUGGCCCCGGGGGACAGAAGGGAGAAGCCGGUCAACCUGGAGUACCUGGUGAAUCGGGUUUACCAGGAAAAGAUGGUCUGAAAGGGUUUCAGGGGGAGAAGGGAGAGUCUGGUAUCGUAGGAGUGAGAGGAAUCAAGGGUGACAGAGGACCCAAGGGGGCUUGUGGAGGCGAUGGACCCAAAGGAGAGAAGGGGGAUGCUGGUAUUCAUGGACGGGCAGGACUACCAGGAAGAAAAGGUGAACAGGGUGAACUAGGACCUUCUGGAGCCCCAGGGACCCCUGGAAAAGAGGGAUUAGUUGGUCCCAAGGGGGACCGUGGUUUUGAUGGGCUUGCAGGACCCAAAGGAGCUCAGGGAGAGAAAGGUGAACGGGGCCCACCUGGUAUACCUGGUCCUCCAGGUCCCAGGGGAGCAGAUGGGGUUCCAGGUCUGACUGGACCUCAGGGACCAGCUGGUGCUAAAGGCCCAGAGGGGCUCCAGGGACAGAAGGGAGAGAGAGGUCCAAUCGGCCCUGCCACGGUGGGUCCACGCGGUAUCCCAGGGAUCCCCGGGGAACGAGGAGAGCCGGGAGAGUUGGGUCCAGAUGGAGCCAAGGGAGAAAGAGGAGAGCCAGGCAUGACGGAGUUUGAGGUCAGAGAGUACGUUCGCUCAGAGAUGAGUCAGCACUGUGCGUGUGGAGGUUCAGACCCAAUAAUUCGGUCCCAGCCCCCGGUCAGGGCUCGGCCUACGCCAGAGCGACAAGUGGUCCUGAAGGGUGAGGAGGGCCGUGAGCUGCAUGUGGUGGUGAACACCAAUGACCCGGACUACGAGCACAUCUACUCCAUCGAGGCCUACGACGACCCGAUGGACGAGCUGCUCUACUUCACUCCCUCUGCCAACCAGAGCGACGGUGAGGUUGUCAAGGAUGAAAUUGUCAAAACAGUCAAAGUCGAACCAAACAAAUCAGCCACAGCUGACGUUAAGAAAACAGCAACAGCUGAUGGUCAGAAAGCAGCCAAAGUUAAAGCACCUCUGAAGGCAGUCAAGCCCAAAUCAGUCAGGUCCAAGAGGAGAGUCACAGGGGAAGCUCCAGCAGACGUGUGCCUGCUGCCCAUGGAGGAGGGGAGCUGUGGACGAUACACUCUGCGUUGGUACUUCAACAGUCAGGUUCAGGCCUGCAGGCCCUUCAUCUACAGCGGCUGUGAAGGAAACGACAACCGCUUCCUCCACCUGGAGGAGUGUGAGGCGCUCUGCCUUGGGGAGGCUGAAGGUCCUCGUUCCUUGAAGACAGCACGAUGAUUGAGGACAAAUUCUCCUCUGCCACUGGAAUGUUAGCCUUUAUAGCUUUUAUAGGUCAUUGUUUUAUCAAAUGUCAAUGGUCAAGAUUUGUUUUUGUUUAUUUAUUGUUUCUGUAAACCCAACAAAACUUUACCCUGGGCUUAAAGAGGAUACCAAAAUUGCUUCUUUACUUUUCUUUUCAUUUUCCAAAUCAUACAAAAAAAGUUGUCUUUAGGUUAAAAGACAGUUUUCUUUUAAAACAGUAGUACAUUUGCACACUGAAGAGGAGUGCCUCUGCUUUCACUCUGAUUUUUGCAGCUUCACUUCACUGCAGUAUUGUGGUAAAAUGCCCUCAGAAACCUUUAUGUUAGGUAAGACUUUUGCUGCAUACAGACAGGAAGUGAAAAAAAUGAGUCACCUCACAGUUUGAGUCAAUAUUCCUUUGAUAAAUAUCAAUAUGGUGAAGUUGAUGAUGUUUCCUUCACUCAGUGGUCUGUUACUCGUCUUAUUAUCAGAGCUGUUUGGAAGUGAUGGUUAAAUCACAAUAGGUGAUCAUUUUGAAAAUGGAAAUACUUUCCACUCUUCCAUCGUUUGAUAUUGGAAAUGACUUUUUCUAAAGCUGCAUAUUUAUCUUUGUAAAUCAGAAGUAUUGUCUGAUUAAGGAAUGCAGCUUUAUUACAAAUCCACAGCAGUAAAUCAAGCACUUGACAGUUUCAUUUUAUUUUGCAGCCAUUUAACUGUGAUGCUGAUCAGAUUGAUUACAUUAAUAAGGAAAAAGGUCUACAUGUGACCGGUGUUCCCUUUGCUAAUGAAGGAUUUCAUGUUUGGCUUACGUCCUGAUGAUCUGAGUGUGAUGGACCAUUGAUGCAAGCCGUAACAAUCUCGGCUGCUCUGAAAUGUUGCCUUUGAAGAAAAAGCUCUAAAAUCUCUAAUAAAAAAGCAGAUUUUUUUUCUGUCCAUCUACACUGCGCUCAGGCUCAGAGAUAAUAAAACUGUUGUGUCCAGACAAAAAAUUGAUCAGAAAUCAGUACGGUAAUGAAUAAAGAAACAGCCAAUAAAUCACAAAUAUGAAAGCUGCAGCAGCAAAAAGGAACGCCAGUCGACCCUCAGCAACACUGAAUGAAUGAACUGAAUAAAUACACAUAUCAGGGACUGCACAAACUACAGCCUUUAUGAACUUCACCAUAUUGUUAGUUAUUGCGAGGAUGUUGAGUCAUAAGGUGUUUUUAAUAAUUUUACACACUCCUUGGAUGUAGACACUGUUUAAAUUUCCACUUAGUUGAGUUGCAAAGUGGGUGGAGUUGUGAGUUCUCCAAGUGUUUUUCUCUUAGUACAUGUAAAUAACAACUUGAAAGUUUAAUUUCAAUGAAAAUCUCACUGUAAUAUUUCUCGAUAUAAAAACACAGGAACAGGGUUGGGUGAUAAUGGAUCACAUGAAAUCAGGAUAGCAUAAUAAGAUUACAUAAAACAAGUAACUAUAAUCAGCCCAAAUUAGACAUGAAAACUAUGUCAUUGGAUCAUAGUGACAUUGUCAAAGAUUAAAUGGUUAUGUGUUUUUAUUAAAUCUUUAAAAUAUGACUGUUUUAAAUUAUAAAGCUGUUUGAAUGAUGAACAAUUCUCUAUGAACUCAUGAAAAGUGUGUCUCACAUAAGGGGUUUAGUACAACUGUGGUUUGUGCCAGCACUGUUAUGGGUAGGGUCAUUUAAUUUUUGAUCAAAUGUAAAUGCUAAAUAUGCCAAAUGCAUUUUAUCUCCAUUGAAAAUGUUUUGAUAUGUUUAAAAAGAAAAAAAUCAUUUUUGUAGCUGUCCAGAUUUUUAGCACAAGUUGCAGUAUUUUCAGUGUUUGAUUUUGAAGUAAUCCAAACAUUUUCAGAUUAGGUUACAUACUUUUUUGUGAUUCAAUGGAUAAUGUCACUAAUUACAAAAAAAUGCCCUGUAAUUUGUAUCAGUAUCUGACGACAUUUUCAAGUAAUCUGACUCCUGCAAACCUGCAUAAAAGAGCUUUUAGUUUAAUAUUUCAGCUUUGUUUCUGAGAUUUCAUGUUUUAUCAGGCAGUUUGGUGCACAAGUGGCUCCCAAAUUCUGUAGUAUUAGCAGCAGACAAAAGCCAGAGACACAGAUUAGAGCUUCAGUGAAGAACAAAGCACUGCGACAUGAAUACUAAAUUCAUGCAAAAUUGACCCAGAAUCCAAACGUGAAUCAAUUUGAAUAGUGAAAUGCAAUAACAGGUUUUAUCAGAGGAUAUUUUUUUAGAUAUAUUUAAUCCUUUUUUAACAGAAAAGAACAAUAACAUUUCAUCACAGUCAGUACGCAGAGCAUAUAAAUCUAGACCAAUCUGACCAGAUCUGAAAAAGUCAUGUAAAAUAAUUUAUGUGAACAGCUUUGGCCCUUAACAACAUUCUUUGAUUUAUCAUUUUUGCUGUGGUGCUCCUUGGGACUUGAAAUUGACUUCUCUCCUAAAGUUUAAAUGUACUUGUUCUUUUACGCAAGAUGCAGAAUUUUUUUCUUUCAGCAUAGUUGAUAUGAAUUUAUUUAACUUGGAGAUUUCUAUUCCCAUCCAAGCCUUGUAAGCACUCUAACUGCAAGACAUCUAACGUCAAAACACACCAGUCAGCGGUGAAGUGUUGCCUGCGGCAAGCUGCCACACAAUGCCAAAAGGAAGCUGCUGCCGCCAUUUGGUUCUCGGGAAAGUGCGGCCAGUCAGAAUGUCGGGUAUAGUUAAACAUUUGGUGGAAGAACACCCUAUCAGUUAACAAAGUACCGGGUCUCCUAUGACAUGUUGACUUAUGCUACAAAUAAUGUCUUCAUGCCUGAAACACAUUAACGCGCCCUCCGACACACCAAGCAAGCAGCAUUUUGCCGCUGCUUGGUGUGUUUUUGCCGUUUUACUGUCUCUGCAGAAAAUAGAGGACUUUUACUUCCAGAACUCCCCACACUUCUCUACAAGAUAGCUAUGCAAGCACAUCUAUAUUGGGUUAUUAUAAUGGAUAUAUUUUUAUCAUUUGUAUUAAAUAUGAAGAAUCAAGCACAAUAUUCUGACAAUAUUUUGUACAUAUUGUUUUUUUUUAUGGGGGAAGUUGUGUUUCUGAUCACAACUGCAUGUUUACCUGAUAGAGAAAAAGUGCUAUUUUUAAAGGUAUUUUUAUACUGUUUUUGAAGAUGGAAACAUUUGUGGUGCUAACAGUUCUAUUUCUGUAGUAUUAUGGAACAUUUUAAAAGGUAUUUCUAAUAAACCAGAUGUUUCAGUAAAAA